UAAAGACCGACUGUGUUUUGUAUCUAAUUCUAGUUGGAGGCUCCCUACCCUACUGCACAAUAGAGAGCUGCGCCUAAACCUUGUUGACUGACAUUAUGGAUUCGCUUGUCUCUAGAUCUGCAGAAACUGGUUGGAAUUCAUCUCUAGCUGACAACACUCAAUCCUCCAAGCACUUCCAAGUAUUCGUAUAUCACAACAAUGGGCUUGUGGUGGUCGAUGUUUGCAAUUUGGACACACCCAGGGAUCUCAAAAGCAUUAUUAGCAGUCGUCUUGGAAUUGAUCUAUCAACCCAGAAGCUGCACGUUGGGCGAAAGAAGAUAGAUGACGAAUGGCCAUUGCAAAGCCAGCUUGCAAUGUCGGGGUCAUCCCCAUCGUCAAAUGUUCAUCUUACACUCUCUCUGCUUGGCGGUGGAGACAGGAAAUCUGUAGAGGUGCGGGAAACUUCUUUGCCGUUCCGCUCUUCGCAUGAAUGCGACAACAGAAGGGGCGAUGAUGGCAACGACGGCGCGGCUUUAGAUGAUGAACUGAUGGAAAUACUAAAGGUGGUCUUUCCUAGUCAUCAUGGACGGUAUGAAGCUAUACUUGCAGAACACGAUUUGGUCACUUGUAAUGCAGUAUGCGACGUCGAGAUCGACGAAUUAGUUGAUGUCGGGUUUACUAAAAUAGCAGCCAAAAAGCUCUUGAAUCGUUGUAAUACAACAACCAUUGCCGUUUGCAUCAACGAAGACUCGUGCAUUGUCGGACACAUUCAGACGACGUCGCUUGCUUAUUUAUCUCGAGUUAGGAAAAUCAUAGUUCAUGCAAACGUACCCGGCGUACCUUUCAAUUUCUUAUUUGCACACCGUGGCCACCCCGUGACGGAACAACAGGAAGCGUCUUGGCAAGUGAAGCAAAUUGUGACCAAAGAUAAUGGGAUCGUGCUUGUGGACGCUGGUGAAGGUCAGAAAGAUGUGAGUGGUACAGUAAAUUAA